AUGGGUAAAAAAUCGCGCGGUGGCGCGAGUGCCGGCAAUCCUGGGAAACGGUCUAGGCCUGAAGACAACAGUGACAGUGCGACUGCCGUGAAGAAGCUGCUCGACAACAAUCGGUUCUCCGUUCUGAAGGACGGUGCAGAACCGGUGACAGUAACAACAGGACCGCCGAAAAAGGACAGAAUGCCGCCCUUCUACGUGAAAGGCUUCCCUCCCGGAUUGCGGGAAAAAAUAAACUUCUACAUCACGAAGGGCGUCCGGUGCACCAUCCAGCUGUGCACGGAAGGAUACAAAUUGAUGGUUCCUGCGUUGAACCAUUACAACGCGGUUCAGGCCAUGCUGGACCACGCACAGGUGGAGUACUUCUCCCACGACAUCGAGGCUGUUAAGCCGUUCAAGGUGGUCCUGCGAGGACUAUACGAAAUGGACACAGGUGUCCUCUUGGAAGAGCUGGUGGUUAAUGGACUAAAGCCGGUUCAAAUUCACAAGAUGGCCCGCCACAACAAGGCCGUCAAGUACCGCGACCAGCUAUACCUGGUCCACCUUGAGAAGAACUCAAGAACUUUGAUGGACCUCCAGGGCAUCCACGUCCUGUUCAACAUAGUGGUGAAGUGGGAGCGGUACAAGCCGGUCAGUCGUGGAGUCACCCAAUGCUCGAGCUGGCUGCUGUUCGGGCAUGGAACGAAGAAUUGCCAUAUGGUCAGCCGCUGCAUCAAGUGUGGCAAACAACACAAAACGGACGCCUGCGACAGACUCGAUUCCAUUUGCGCCAACUGCGGUGCUGAUCACUAA